CUUAUAAAAAGGAACCUUCUAAUGCGGUUUAGAAAUGCGAGCUCUACCUCUGAAACUCUUGUUUAGUUCAGAGAAUUAGAGAGUAUUUCUGUUCUAAAUGUGGUUGAGAUGAUGAUGAAGGGGAAUGAAGAAGUGAAUGUUGUUGCAGUUGGAGAGGAAACCAAAAGUAAAGAAGAUGUUGUCGACGAUGGAGUACGAGAUAACUUAGAUAAGGACAUGGAAGUCCAGACCCAGAACAAGCACAAGAAACAAUUUGUUAGGCUUGACUCGCUUGAUCAAGAAGCCUCUCAUAUCUCUGGAAUGGAAACCAAGACAACCAAGGCACUAUCCAUAGCUGCUGUAAUGAAGCUUGCCUUCCAAAGCAUAGGAGUAGUAUAUGGAGACAUUGGAACAUCUCCUUUAUAUGUAUUUGCAAGCACUUUUACAGAAAGAGUCCCAACUAGUGACAACAUUAUAGGGGCUCUGUCACUCAUCAUCUACUCUCUCACACUCUUUCCCCUCAUCAAAUACGUCUUCAUCGUCCUCAGGGCCAAUGACAAUGGCGAUGGUGGAACAUUCGCAAUGUAUUCAUUGAUUUGCAGGCAUUCGAAGGUGAGUGCUAUACCAAGCAGCCAACAAGGGGAAGAUGAGAUGAACCUUUCUGCUUAUCAGUUGCAGAUCCCCACAAAGCACUUGAAGAGAGCUGAGAAGAUCAAAGCAGCCCUGGAGAGAAGCUCCUUUGCUAAAACUGCCCUUCUAAUUGUUGCUCUUCUUGGAACUUGUAUGGUCAUUGGAGAUGGAAUCUUGACUCCUUGCAUUUCAGUGCUGUCAGCCGUGGAUGGAGUGAGGAAAUUUGAUUCACAUCUAGAAACUGAUGUGGUGGUGAUGAUCUCUGUAGCCAUAUUGGUGGUUCUAUUCUCAAUUCAAAGGUUUGGAACUGAUAAGGUUGGUUACACAUUUGCUCCGGCAAUCAUGGUAUGGUACUUGUUCAUCGGAGGCGUUGGGAUCUUCAAUUUGAUCCGACAUGAUUCGUCGGUGCUGAGAGCAUUCAAUCCUGUUUACAUUUUUUGGUACUUCAAUGAUGAGCCAAAGCAAGCCUGGCUCUCACUUGGAGGGGUUGUUCUUUGCAUGACUGGAACUGAAGCAAUGUUUGCAGAUUUGGGGCACUUCUCUGUAAGAUCAAUUCAGAUUGCAUUCACUGGCCUGGUGUAUCCUUGUCUGCUCUGUGCUUAUGUUGGCCAAGCUGCUUAUCUAUCCAAGUUCCCAAAUCAUGUGUCUGAUGCUUUCUACAAAUCCACCCCUGAACCAGUGUAUUGGCCCAUGUUUGUAGUUGCUGUAAUUGCAUCAAUCAUUGCAAGUCAGGCUAUGAUCUCUGCAACCUUUUCUAUUGUGAAGCAGUCCAUGGCCUUGGGUUGCUUCCCUAGGGUCCGGGUUGUGCACACCUCACACAAGCAUGAAGGACAAGUCUAUAUACCAGAGAUUAAUUUCUUCCUCAUGUUUGCCUGCACCUUGGUUACAGCCUCAUUCAAGGAAACCACCAAAAUAGGGAAUGCUUAUGGGAUUGCUGUCAUGGCAGUAAUGUUGGUUACCACAUCAUUGCUGGUCUUGAUAAUGCUAAUGAUAUGGCAGACUAGUCUUUUCCUUGUUGCCCUCUUCAUUCUGAUCUUUGGUUCCUUUGAGCUCCUUUAUUUCUCAUCAGUACUAUACAAGUUUACUAAAGGUGGCUAUCUCCCUCUCACCUUCGCCGCAGCAAUUUUCUUCGUUAUGUAUGUAUGGCACUAUGUCCAGGUGAAGCGCUAUGCCUUUGAAGUAGAGAAGAAGGUGUCAACUGAAUACCUAAUCAGUCUUGGCUCUGGACUAGGCAUCACAAGAGUCCCUGGUGUUGGGUUGCUCUACACAGAGCUAACACAAGGCAUUCCAGCCAUAUUCUCUCAUUUCCUCACCAACCUUCCAGCCAUCCAUUCUGUUUUGAUCUUUGUCUCUGUCAAGUACUUGCCAGUGAACAAUGUCCCAGCAAAUGAAAGGCUUCUGCUAAGGCGGGUCGGACCAAAAGAUUACAAGAUGUAUAGGUGCAUAGCAAGGUAUGGGUACAAGGACAGAAGGAUUGGCAAUGAAGAGUUUGAGAACUUGUUGAUGGAGAGCCUUAAGACCUUCAUCAGGGAGGAGAAUGGGGAAGACAACAUAGCUAUGAUGGGUCAAGAAUGGGAAGAAGAGAUACAGUUCUUGGAAACAUCAAGAAGCCAUGGGGUCAUUUACAUGUUAGGUCACAGUGAAGUGAGGGCUAGUGUGGAUUCUUGUUUGGUUAAGAAGGUGGUUGUCGAUUACGUUUAUGACUUCUUAAGGAGGAAUUUCAGGCAAGGAUUUGUUGAUCUGCAGAUUCCAAACAAGAACUUACUACAAGUAGGCAUGAACUACCACAUAUGAUCCCUAAAUUAUGUAAAGUUGUUAUUGUAAACGCUGGUAGUGAAGACCAAUGGUAGCUAGAGAGGUUUAGGUUCUAAUAAAGACUUGGGACUGAAAUCUUACAAACAGAAUC